AUGCAAUUGGACAGUGUGCUUACGUCUUAUAUUGCUAAUCUCGGUAAUAAUGAUGCUAAGGCAGAGGAAAUUUCCUCUGAUAUUGCAAAAUCCAUUAACUCGAAAGAGAUAAAGCUGAUAGCUGUUAUAAUGGCGUUAAAGGAUGGAUUCACUUCUGAAGAAGAAUCUAGUAGAAAAAAUUCUUUACGUUGCCUUUCUGACAUUCUAGAGAGACUGGAUAAGGAACUUUUAUCACCAAAUGAAGUCCCAGUCAUAUUUGAGUUUUAUAAAUCAAAGUUCGAAGAUGAUGCAUUGAUGAAUGACGUUCUAGGAGGCUUCGAUUCCCUGAUCUCAAUGAAGAAUAGCUCAAUUGAUAUGAGUAAAGAUAUUUUGGGCCUCAUUUCUGAAAAAUAUUCAAAUGACAAAUAUCUGGCGGCAAUAAGAUAUAAAACUUUUAAAAUAUUGGAAGACAUUUAUACCAAAUUUGGUGAAAAAUACACAAAUAAUAUUGAACUAACUAAAUUAUACAUCAAUUGUUUUUUGCAUAUAGCAUCAGGUGAAAAAGAUCCCCGUAAUUUAAUUAUUUCCUUUAGAUUGAAUAAAAUUAUCACUACUUCCUUCAACAACAUCGAUGAGUUUAAGGAAGACCUUUUUGACGUUCUAUUCUGUUACUUUCCUAUAUCCUUUACACCUCCUAAAAAUGAUCCGUAUAAUAUAUCAAGUGAAGAAUUAAAGUUCUCUUUAAGAUCUUCAAUUGCUGCCACUCCACUGUUUGCUGAAGAUGCUUUUGGAAAUUUGAUUGAUAAGUUGACUGCUACUUCACCAAAUGUUAAAUGUGAUACUUUACAAACUUUAUCUGCAUGUAUUGAUAAUUUUGGGGGUAAACUGUGUCUUCAAGAGUGGUUACCAAUUUGGAACGCUUUGAAGUUUGAAUUAAUGCAUAAUAGUGAAGGUGGUGAUGUCGGAGUUGUUCUACCUAACCAAAUUAAUGAGGAUAUUAGAAGUUCAGAUAAUCCAUACAUCUUGGCACUAUCUGUAAUAAAAAGUUUAAGUUCAGCCCUAUUAAAUUUUGAAAUAAGUGCUUUUGAAAAAUUUUAUAAACAUAUUUUUGAAGAGUUAAAACCAAACUUUAGUAACAAUAAAGAUUUGAAGCAAAGUUGCACAAUUCUAGCAGCAAUUGCUAGUACUAGCCAAGAAGCUUUCAAUCCGGUUAUUAAGAGUGUGUUACCUUUAUUUUUGACAAACACUUCUGAAGUCUCUAAAUUGAAAUUGAUCUUAAUGAAUCUUUCAUUCUUUUUUGAUUCAUAUAUCUCCGUAUAUGGUUCAUCUAAUUUGAAAACAAUUGAAGAAAAAGUCGCUGAGAAUUCUCUAGAACCUUACAGAGAUGAGCUAUUAAUGAUUUUAAGUAAAGCUUUGACUGGAAGUUCAGAUGCUGAAGUUACUUUAAGGACGUUGGCGGUAAUCCAAUUCACCAAAUUGGUAAAAAUGAAGGGAUAUUUGACUUCCGAAGAGGUGUCGCUUAUAGUCCAAUAUUUAACAGAAACAAUACUUACAGACGGAAAUAAAAAUAUUUACUAUGCAUCACUCGAAGGCUUAAAGGUAAUUAGUGAAUUUUAUGAAAAUAUUGUAUUUGAAGUUUCAUUGAAGAGAAUGCUGACUUUGUUACCAGAUAACCCAUCAGAUACGAUAACAAUUGGUUCUGAUAAAUUAGUAUCCAAAGAAAUUAUAUGUAAGGUUAUCCUGGAUUAUACUAAUUCAAGGCAUAUCCUGGUAAAAGAGAGCAUUUGUUACAUUACGGAUAAGAUAUGUAAUAUUAGCACAAAAGAAGGUACAAAGGACUAUUCAUUUCUUCUAAUCUCUACAUUGUACUCAUUAUAUGAGAACAACACAACCAUAAUUACAGAAGAUGAUGCUGAUUUUAUCAAAGCACACACACAAGACUCAGUGUUUAAGAGCAUCUUACAAAACAAAUCAAUUUACGAAGAUGAUUUAAACUUUUCAUUACUUUCAACAAUUUGUUUUUUUAUGCAAUUGAAAUGUUCUCGUAAGUUACACCAGUCAGACUUUUUAAAAUACAAUACAUUGUUAAUUGAGGAAUAUCAGAUUCUAGAAAAACCUUCCAGGUAUAUGAUAUUGUACUCAAAGCUUUUGUCCAGUUUAGAUAAGAAGAUCGAAUUCCAUGAUUCUACAAUAUAUUUUGAAACUACAGCAAAGCUUUUAUCCAGCCGAUAUGAUGAAUUUACAGAUUUUGAGAAACUCGGAUACCUGGAAUUUUUGAUGGUUCUAAGCAAUAAAUGGAUUGACGAAUCAUUUAUUAAUGAUUUCAUCAGAUGGGAUAAUUCAGAGAUUCCAAACCUAGAAAUUAAUAUUUGGAUCACCAAGGGAUUAAUUAUGAAGAAUUCAAAGAUAGCACCAGAAUAUCUGAGAAGAUUUAUUGAAUUAUUGAGUGAUAAGAAAAUUGGCUCUUUUGUUGCAAAAUUAUUUGAAAUAUUUGUUGUUGAUAUAGACUCAUUCAAAACGUAUAAGAACGUAUCGUGGAGUAAUAACAUUAAAGUUUUAUAUAAGCAAAAGUUUUUCAAUGAUGUUUUCCAUGUUCUUUUAGGCGAAUUUAAAAAGCAAUCUGAUAUUUCAUUGAAGAGUAAUUACUUGACAGCUCUAUCAUUGAUCCUAAAACAUAUUUCCAAUACUUUGGUGGAACCAUUUUUAAGAGAACUUAUCCCUCUAAUUCUGGAAGCGCUAGACAUGCCUAACUCCGAAGUUAAAAUAUCAGCAUUAGAAACAUUAAUUCAUUCUUCAGAGAAAAACGGUGUGUUGAUCACAGAAUAUUUCAACUCUAUCCUUCCAUUAACAUUGAAAUUAUUGAAUAAGCAUAGUUCUAACAUUGCUAAAGUUAGGUUAUUAGCAUUAGAAUUACUUCAAAUACUUGCCGCCACUGUACCAUUAAAUUAUUCAAUAGCAGUUAAAGAUGAAGUAUUGCGUUCUUUAGUUCCUAUUUUGGAUGAUCCCAAAAGAAUUGUCCGCAGACAGUGUGUGAAUGCUAGACAAAAGUUUUAUGAAUUAGGGCAGCCAACCGUACAACAUUGA